UUCCAGUUUAGACAAUGAGCGACCUGAUUCCGCUCGGCUGGGUCUAUUCACGCGAUGUUAUAUAACUGUGGUCGGUCGGUCUGUCUGUCUGUUCCCUUCAGAACAUGCACACUUCCAGACUAGGAACGGGAUUGUGAACAUCAAGUUUUAACUAUAAUAGUUAUAACUGAAAGUUAACAGAUAAAUGGCGAUAUUUGUUGCUUGACACUUCGAAACUGCGGCUACUAUGUCGUCGUACAGCCAACCUGGCGCCAAACGGCAGAAGCGCCCUGAGAGGCCUGACGUGGACUAUUUUCAAGGAAUAGAUAAGCUAGAGUACAACAACAUGGCCGGACCAGGCGAUACCAAUUAUUACCGUUACUAUAAUGGCACCGAGCGAGUUGCAAAUCGGAAUAUGGAAGACUGGCUCAAGUUUAGCGUAUCUCUCACAGAGUUUCGAAACUAUGAUUACGAUCACUCCUUCAGAUCGUCGCACCGCCAAUGGGACGACGGCACGUGCACCAUAGACAACUACAAGCACUGCCUCAAAGCCCUCUUCGAUCUAUGCAGCAAACUUGGCGUCAAGUACUGGACCGCUUACGAUUCCGAUCUGGUCCCGCCGGGAGACAGCUGGGACGAGACCCGGGCCCAGUGGGACGAGAUGGUGGAAUAUAUACAGGAGUUAUCGCAGAAAUUUCACAUGAAGCUGUUAUGGCUGGCACCGAACUUACAUUCGAAUCCGAGAUAUUCACUAGGCGCGCUAACAAGCAGCGACGCGACAGUUUACGCCCAAGCCGCCACACAGAUUAAAAAAUGCCUAGAAGUUUCACAGCGACUGAGCGCAGAAUGCUUCCUACUCUGGCCAAGCAGAGAAGGGUACAGCACUAUAUUCCACGCAGACAUCGCGAAAGAAAUGAAAUUAUUCUCUAAAUUACUCAAACUCACCGCCGAAUACAAAGACAGGCUUAACUAUCGAUGUCAGCUUCUACUAAUGCCAUAUUACCGUUUUGGUAGAAAUUAUGGAGGGUGGCAAUACUGGGAAAACGAGAUGGUGAAUAUGUACAUGUGGGAUGUGACGAGCUGUUUGUAUUUUCUGAAGAAUUAUAACUUGGACCGUUAUUAUAAAGUGUGCGUGCCGCCGGGACAUCACAUGUUUAUGGCUAAUAUAUAUAAUAUGUUGGGUGGAGUGUUUCUAACUAAUAAUUUCGACCAUUAUGAUAUCAAGAACCUCACGCUCAUGAUGAAAUGCAUCAUAGAUCAGGGCUCAGCUCCCCCCGGCGGCGUGCACCUGCAGCUGCGCGCGCGCGGCGUGCGCCCGCCCGCGCGCGCGCGCGUGAUCGCGCUCGCCGCGCGCGCGGACGCGAGCGCGCGCGCGCUGCGUCUCGCCGCCGCUCUGGCCAACCACCAGCUCGUGCACAAACACUUACAGGAACGUUACUCGUCGUAUUGUAGCGGGUUCGGUGCACGACUGGCUGGCAGCGAUGUGUCUAUGGAAGAGUGCGAGGACCAUUACAAAAAGAAUCAAGUCAACAACGAUCAGUGUUCCCGCUUGGAGCAGCUGGACGUCGCCUUGCAGCGGUACAUCUACACCUGCGAUCAGAUCUGACUUCAAUCUGUAUGACGCCGGCUGAAGAGACGUAAUAAAGAAUAAAUAAAUAUUUCAUCGUUUCAUUUAGCUCUAAAAUUACUAGAUUUUUCCUUCGCUGGUAUAAAACGGUGGUAUAUGAAAAUUACUAUACAUGAGUCACUGGUAUAUAAACUCUCAUGUAGGAUUCGAACUUGGGACCUUUCGAUCACAGGCGGAGGGUCUUAACCACUGGACCAUCGCAGGUAUUAGGAAUUUUAUUAAAAAUGCAUAAGGAGAUAUCUCAAUAAUUUAUUCCUAUACGUUCAGACGUUUUUUGCAGUUUCUUCAUAUUCACAGCGACAUACGACUUAAUUUUAGGUUAUACGUUUACUUAAUUUUAAAUUUUAUACAAAACUUAUGCGUUAUACUGGUUGGUCAUAUUUUAACAAACGUUAUACGGAAAAUAUCUUUAAACACAAUAAAAACAUUCUUGGGGCAAUAAUGUGAAAAUAGAUACACAGUAUUUUACGUGGGCUUAUUACACCAAACACGAUUUUUUUUAAUCGUUAUGCUAAACGUUCACGAACAAGAAUGUUAUAUAUCCUGACGGAUCACUGAACAUAGCACUUCUCUCUUUCUCCAUUAGAAGAGGAGCUAAUAAGAGAGGGACAUCUGCUCUUAGUCUUUCCUCGUGGAAUUGUAUCACUUGAAAAUGAAUCUUAUUUCAGUAAAAUUAAGGUUGGUUUUCAGACGCCUUUUCUGAAGAGUAAUCCGUCAGGUUUAUUCGAAGCAAACACGGUUACCAUUUACGAUAGUAAAAAUGUUCGUGCUUCGCCUACUAUUUUAAAUUACAUUAUAUAACCUACAGCACUUAUACAAUACUGAAGCAAAAUCUUUUUUCCAUGGUAAAAGCUUAUUUUUUUAUACGUAUCAUGUACAUAUUAAGUAUGUGGGUGAAUUUCACGAGCCUUUUGAACGCCGCCGCGGGCUAUCAUUAGUGUUUAUUAAAUUGUACCGUACACAUUAAUCAAUUUAAUUAUCCUAUUUUAUAAAUAAGUAAAGUAUUGGUAAGUAUGUUUAAUUAAAAAAAAGAUGAUUCUUUAUUUUAAAAAAAUGUGGGACACUAAUGAAACGCCGCGUUCAAACAGUCGUAAUGCACACUUGUGUAUACCGCAUUCGUUCAAAAAACUUACGUUCGCAGGCGAAGCACUAUACUGGUGAGUUAGGAUGACGUUAAAACGCAAGCAUUAUGGGCACCUUUGAGCCGGGUAUGUUUUGUGAUGGUAUUUUUUAUAUAUUUUGUAAAUUAAUUAUUUUUACCAUUUGGUAAAAAUAAUUAAUAUACAAAAUAUUACAAUUAUAUUACAGUGCUAUUUUUACCGCAUGAAAUAGUUUAAUUUCUGAAUUAAAUUAAAACUUAACUGUUUCGUAAAUUACAAUAAAUACUUACAGCAUGAUUAAUUUCAAUUUAACUUAAUAUCCGCAUGAUAAUAUUAUUUUCGUUUUCUUUUACUAAACAAAUUUUACCUAAUAAUAAGCUAGAUUAAGUAAAACAUACGAACUUACUGUUCACAAUAUAAGCGUCGAGCCGUUGUAAAAGUCAUUUUCAACUAAUUUUGAACUUAAAAUUAACAUAUAUUUUUAACAACCACUCAUUGAUUUUCGCUACUAACAUCACAUUUACUUAUUCGAAAUUAGAAUCUAUAAAAAAAUAUCAAAUCUACAAAAUUGUGCAAUUUGUUUUCGCAUAAGAAAUGCACUUAGUCUUACAUAUGUAAAUAAAUAUACACGUGUUCAGUCGAAGAAAAGUAUAUAAAAUUAAGCUAAAACAUGCAGGACAUUCGUUUUUUUUUCUACGUAGCGUACGCGAAACGCAACACCCAAUGCGCGUGAGUUACACAUACAAUUUUCAAUUGAAAUCCGACUGAGCCAGAGCGGGGAGGGGUAAGAAUAGUUUCUAAUGGGGGAGGAGUGUCCUUACUGUACAAUCUAUCAAAAAUGUUAUGAAAAUAAAUGAUGGCCCUGUCUCUUGUUAGCUUGUAACACUUGGUGUUUACCAACUUCAAUAUUUGUUUUUGCAAUGGCAAAAAAAAUUAGUUUAAAAUGCCUUUUUUUUCACUUCCUUGACAAGACUGUACACUGUACUGAGAAAUGGUACUACACUAAUAGGAAACUAAUCGUUAUGUUUUGUAUGAGCCAAUAAAGACGAGGUCAUCGUGAGCCCGAUUUUACAACACCAAACCAAUCUUGCCGCUUGGUAUGAUGACCGGGAAAUUGUAUGGGAAUGUUUUGUCUCAUUUGGCUACGCUGGCCCGUUUUACUUGUCUUUGUAACAAAGUUUUCAAAUACACGCUAGCAAGUAAUAGCGACUGGAAUCUUAAUUAUAGCAAACUACAAAUUACAUAGCAUUUGUCAACUUCAAUUAACAAUAUGAUAUUGGGCUGUGCACAAUCGUAGUAUUGCAUUUUUAAGUAUUUUAUGUUGUUGUAUAUAUUUAACUAAGAAACUACACGAAUACAGAACAAGGUAAAAUCUAAAUAAUAUCAUUUUUUUUUUGAAUUUUUCAACCGACUGAUGUUCAAUAAAAUAAAAUGCCUGGAAGUAAAUAAAAAGAUCACAAAUUGUAAAGUUAAAGUAAGUACAAUAUGUACUUACUUUAACAUUAACAACUACUUAUAACUAAUACUGAACAAAAAAAAGUAAGAUUAUACAAAAAAAAACUUGUACGUAACCUUAUACGAACUUGGAUGCGGAGAUAAAUGAAUAUAAUGUUAAUACAAGACUUGUAUCUAAUACAUAAACUUAAUCGUUGUAUAAAUUACAUCAAUCUAUACUAUUAUUAUAAAGAGGUAAGCGUUUGUGAGUUUGUUUAUGUUUGAGGCAGGUAAUCUCCGGAACUACCGAACCGAUUUCAAAAAUUAUUUCACCAGUAGAAAGGUACAUUAUCCAAUAUAGCUUUAUGCUAUAUUUUAUCUCACAAUUCCCACGGGAACGAAGCUCCAGUCCUGACUAAUAUUAUAAAUGUGAAGGUAAGUUUGUUAGUUUGUUACCUCUUCACGCUUCUUCUUCUUAUCUAAUAAUAAAACUGUAAGUGGGCUACAUAUAUACAUAUAUAUACUAAAUAUAAAUUAUUAUGGUGGGUCUUUAUGUGACAAGCCAAAACCUUUUUUUUGAAUAUUUGUAGUAUUCGGAAUUUGAUGAACUUUCACAGUAAAACUAAAUAAAUAACAACUUAUAAACGGACGCAAGAAGUAAACGCGGGCGACACCGCGGGCAAAAGCUAGUCUAUAAUAAAAAUGAGCAAGCGGAACGUCUCCCUCCAUAACGUGCCUUUUCUCGUUGCAUGUCACAUAUUAAUUUUUAUAUUGGAACUAUUUUAAUUUUCUAUAACUUUUGUGGCAGUACUAAUAGGAAUGGCGUUAGAACUCAGUUAUUUUUGGUUUCGCAUAAAUAUUAAAUGUUUGGAAUAUAAACUGUGUUUUGUAAGCACCAUGCAUUUAUGUUAUUAUGGGUAAUAACAUUGGAUAAAACUACAUUAGCAAACAUCGGUGUUAAGUUGUAACUUUCGUCAAUAUAAUAACACACUUUUUCCCAGUGACCUGAUAUUACAUUUAAAAAAUGGGAUACCAAAUCUACGUAUUAUAGUCAUAAUUACUCAAUCAGAAAUAUAUAAAUAAAAUAUUUCGUUUAUGUGAAUUAGACAAUUAAAUAUAUUCGAUAGAUUCUAUUAAAUUUAAAAUAUUGUAUAUAAAAAUGUGUCAUAAAUGUCAUAAUGUUUGUCAGAUCAUUUUGAAAUCAUUUAGAAUAUUGGAGGCAAUCAAUUUUUGGAUAAUAUCAAAUGCAUUAUAAUGUACUAUAUAUACAACAUAAUAAUAUAGUAAACAAACUCUCAAUAUAGAAAGCAUUUGGUCGCAAGCAAUAUGUAAUUUUUUUUUUACAUAUAUCUUGCGUCCAAAUGUUUUUCACUAAAAAUUUUACACAGGUGUAUAGGAUAACUUUUACACACACUGGCUAUAUUUUGUCUACAUGCUCAGUCCAUGAUACUGAACAACUUUUACUCUCAGGGAACUACUUAUAAAUCGCGAAAAAAAAUCAGCUAUUCCUUACAAAAUCAAGAUCAGCUGAUUUUAUUUCGCGAUUUCGGGCUUGCUCCCAUACGAAAAGUUGUACAGUAUCAUAAACUGAGCAAGUAUGCAAAAUAAUGUAUAAAAUAUAAAAGUCACCUUGUAUUGUUAAAAUGACAUUUACACAGUAUAACUGCAUCAACAAUAGUAUGUGUCAAGUACACUGCGCGUUUACACUACAUUAUAUAAGAUAGACAAGUUGUUGUGGCGAUCCGUGCGUCAUAUUAAUUUUGCCCAGUGCUGGGCAAGUCAGAAUAAAUACUACAUAUUUAGUGUUAUCCACUUAGGAACGUCAUUCUUUGGCUCGGUGAUAAUUUUUGUGACGUAAGUACUGUGCCAUUUUGAAUCGAAAAAUAAAAAAUAUUUUUUUUUAUUGUUGCCGAAUAAAAAAUAAAUUUGGUGCUGUGUAAAAUUCUUAGUUCAUAAGAUAAAAGAUAAAUAUUGUUUUAACGAUAAAAAACGGUUGAAAACGCAACAACUGACACAACCCUAUUUUUACGGCAUUAAAGAUUAUUUUACAUUGAUUUUUUAAACUAGAUUUUGGUCGUAGUAGUUAGCGAUCAGUCAAUUUUUAUUAUUUUAGUUAAUAUUAGUGGAGACUAGAAUCUUAAACUCUAUAAGAGGCGCCGUUAUGUCGUUAUCAAGCCUUCUUGUAAAUAAAUGUGUCAUAUAUUAGCAAAAAAAAAAGAAAAA